GCUUCUCUCUUACCUUUCAAAUCAAAACCCAAAUCCAAAUGUGAAUUCGUUAGCAACUCCCACGACUAAAAACCCACAAUGUAAGAUUACCAAAUUACCCCUCCUUUUUGAAUCUCUCGACUCCAUGCUCUGUUCCUCUGUUCUUCUUCAGUGUUCAGAAAAUUAAACUUAAUCGACAAAUUUAAGAAGAAAUUCAUACUGAAAACCCAGAAAUUCUCUGAAAUCUAUAUGGGUUCUUCAUAGAGGGCUUUGAAUCUCAGAAAAAAUCCAAGAACAUUCAUGGGAUUCGUGAAUUCCCCUGUUUUUAUGUUCUGUCUAAUCGUAUUUUCAUCUUCUCAACUUGUUCAUGGAAAUUCUGAAUUGAAAGCGUUAAUGGAGCUGAAGGAAUCUCUAGACCCAGAAAACAGAGUAUUAAGGUCAUGGACGAUCGACGGCGACCCUUGCGGCGGCAGCUUCGACGGCGUAGCCUGCAACGAGAAUCGGAAAGUGGCGAACAUAUCGUUGCAGGGACGUGGGCUCUCCGGCAAGGUGUCGCCGGCGGUGGCGAAGCUGAAAUGUCUGACGGGACUGUUCUUGCAUUACAACAAUUUGUCCGGAGAGAUUCCCAGAGAGAUUUCGAGCUUGAAUGAACUUGCUGAUCUUUACCUCGACGUUAACAGCCUCACCGGCGAUAUCCCGGAAGAGAUCGGAAAUAUGUCGAGUCUUCAAGUUUUGCAGAUUUGUUGCAACGAAUUGAGUGGAAAUAUACCAAAUCGGUUAGGAUCAUUGAAGAAACUAACUGUUCUUGCUUUACAGCACAACAGAUUGAGCGGUGAAAUCCCCAUGUCUUUAGGAAGCUUAGAGAUGCUUAAACGGAUUUAUUUGAGCUUCAAUAACUUCAAUGGAACAAUACCCAUCCAAAUUGCUGCAAUUCCUCAGCUGGAAGUUCUUGAUAUCAGGAACAACUCCCUCUCCGGCCAUGUCCCUUCUGGUCUAAAGCGACUGAGCGAAGGCUUUCAAGGAGAGAACAAUCCAAAUUUAUGCGGAUUCGGGUUUGUUUCAGUGAGAAAUUGUACAGUUUUUGACACUGAAAACAUCAAAGGAGCUGGUUUUCAGCCAUUUCUAUCAGAACCAAACAAGAACAAACCUGAAUCAGCUGACUUUCACAAUGCCAGUUGCUAUCAACUUCAUUGCUCAAAGCCCACAACAGUUCCAAGAAUUGCUAUUGUUUCUGCUGUUCUUAUUGUUUCCAUGACUCUGCUGCUGUCUGUGAUUCUCACUGUGUUUUGGUACCGUCAUCGAAAACAGGUCGGUAGCUCAUCUGUUUCGUGCGAUAAUCGGCUCGGCUCGGAUCAGGCUCGGGAAUGCUACUCGAAAAGCGCUUCCCCGCUUGUGUGUCUUGAGUAUUCCCAUGGAUGGGAUUCAUUGGCUGAUGGAAUCAAAGGCUUGGGCUUGUCUAAGUUCUUCAGUAAGUUCAUUUUUAAUAUCGAAGAGGUUGAAUCUGCUACUCAGUACUUUUCUGAAGCUAACUUGCUUGGUAGAAGUAGUUUUUCAAUGGUUUACAAAGGAGUUUUGAAGGAUGGAUCUUCGGUAGCUAUUAGGAGCGUUCAUAUGACUAGUUGUAAGUCUGAUGAAGCCGAGUUUCUUCGUGGGUUGAACUUCCUGAGCUCUCUACGACACGAAAACCUUGUUAGUUUGAGAGGCUUUUGUUGUUCUAGGGGUCGAGGUGAGUUCUUUCUCGUAUACGAUUUUGCCUCGAGAGGGAGCUUGUCUCGGUAUCUAGAUGUCGGAGAUGGUAGCAGCCAUGUUCUCGACUGGUCGAAGAGAAUUUCUAUCAUCAAUGGAAUUGCAAAAGGGAUAGCAUAUUUACAUCGUGAAGAAGCAAAUAAACCUGCCAUGGUUCACAAAAACAUAUCCAUUGAGAAGAUUCUGAUUGAUCAUCAGUUCAAUGCAUUGAUCUCGGACUCGGGUCUCUCUAGACUUCUAGCGGAUGACAUUAUCUUUUCAUCUCUCAAAACGAGUGCAGCCAUGGGAUAUCUUGCACCAGAAUACAUUACGAUCGGUCGUUUCUCAGAGAAGAGCGACAUAUACGCAUUCGGUGUCGUCAUACUCCAAAUUCUUUCAGGGACACGAAAACUUACUAAUUCGCUUCUGUUGGAAGCCGAAGUAUGCGAAUUCGACGAUUUGAUCGACAAACGUCUAAAGGGGAAUUUCUUGGAGUCCCAAGCUAGAAAGCUAGCAAGGCUUGCAGUAUCAUGUACCAAUGAGAACCCCAUCAACAGGCCAGCCAUUGAAGAUUUGAUAGAGGAGCUGACCAAACUUUAAUUAGGAGGACCGAGAUCGAUACUCGUUCAAGAACGACACCGGGAGAGAACGGUGAAGCCUCCAUUGUUGGAAGCUCAAGAAAAGCUGGAACUGAAAGAUGAGGAGAUGAAGAUUGAUAAGGAAGAAGAGGAUGUAAAUUGAUGUAUAAUAACAUGUGUUGAUUUAGAACUGCACUUUGUUUUACUUUUAGUUUUAAUCCUUCAAUUAUAUAGAAUAAGAUAACUUAAUUCUCUUCCCA